AUGGAGUCGGGGGAAGCAGACACCUCGGUCACCCUGAUCAUCAAGGCUCCUGACCAGAAGUACGAGGACUGCACUAUCAACUGCUUUCUCAGCUGGACGGUGGAGAAGCUCAAAAGCCAUAUUGCUAAAGUGUACCCCAGCCAGCCUUGCUCCAGAGAUCAACGUCUAGUGUACCUGGGAAAGCUCCUGCAGGACCACCUGCAGCUCCGAGACGUGCUGCGACAGGACUAUCAACAAGAUGAGUACCAUAUGUUGCAUCUGGUUUGCAACUCUCGCCCUCCGUCGAGCUCCCCGUCGCCCCCCAGCAACUCCUCACUUAACAGUCCUGAAAUUUCAAGCUCAGCACUUCUUGAUGGUCCCACUAUCCCUGGAGGCCCAAGUGGGCUCAGGAAUCGGGGUGGCCCCUUCAACGUAAACCUUCAGAGCCCUGUUGGCACCUCUCUACUGCCUCAUGGAGAAGCUCAGUUGCUUUUGCAAGGUGGCCAAAUGACACCCAUGCAGAUGUGGUGGUGGCAGCAGAUGUAUAUGCAGCACUAUUACAUGCAGUAUCAAGCAGCAGUAGCAGCCUCCCAGCUUGGUAGCAGCUUUGACCUGUCCAGCUCGCAGCCCCCGCCCGGUCCCAACGAAGCCGUCCAGCCCCUCCCGGCUGUCGCCCCCCUGCCAGAGAACCUGCCUCCGGCUGACGCCGACAUCCAGAUGAACGCACAGGGCGGCAUGUUGAACGGAGACGAGCUGGACCACGACUGGCUGGAAUGGCUCUACACACUCUUCCGAGUCAGCGUCCUGCUCAGCUUUGUUUUCAUUUAUUCCUCCUUCGGACGCUUCAUGGUGGUGCUGGGGGCCAUGAUGCUGGUGUACAUGUACCAAGUGGGCUGGAUUCCCUUAAGGACGCCGGAAGAACGGCGGCCUAACUUUCCGAAUCCUGAGCAAGCUCAAGCUUGGGAGGAAGCAGAGAUGCAACGGGGCAUACAAGAAUUGGAGCGGGUGAUGGACGACGGCACGGAGGAUGCCGGGCAAGAUCCUCCCGGUUCGCUUACCACCGCUUGGUCCUUCAUUCGUGCUUUCUUUACCUCGCUGGUUCCAGAGGGGGACCCCCAACGGCCGCCCGAAGUUCCGCCAAUACUUCGUCCUCGUUAG